AUGGACAGUCAAGAUCUUAACGGGGCUUUCAAGAUAGCUAACCUUGCUGUAGCAGGUUUAAGUGUUUUAUCGGGAUUAUCACAAUUAUUUAGUGGAUUCCGUGCUUUUAUACUCGGAAUUUAUAUCAUUGCUUUCGGAGGAGUCAUUGGAUUAUUAGAAUUUCAAGUCCCACCUGAAGCCUAUGCCUUUGGGUCAUUCUUAUUCUCAUUCAUUGGAAGAGGGGUUUUCUACACUUUCAUUGGGGUAGCUAUUCAUGGCGAAAGUAUAUUCAGAAUCUUAGCUGGAGGUAUUAUCUUCAUCAUUGGAUUAGUUUUCAUUGCUUUGGAAGCAGUUCCAAGUAUUUCACCUCCAGAGAAUAUGAAUACUGAAGGUAUCAGUAUUGGUAAUGAAGAAGAUAUUAUUUAG